AUGGCCGCCGCCGCCGCCGCCUGGGCGCCCGCCGGCGCGGGGCCCACGGAGAGCAAGAAGAUCACCGACCUCAGGGUCAUCGACCUCAAGUCCGAGCUGAAGCGGCGCAACCUGGACAUCACCGGGGUGAAGAACGUGCUCAUCUCCCGCCUCAAGCAGGCUAUUGAAGAGGAAGGAGGCGAUCCAGAGAAUAUUGAAAUAACUGUUUCAGCAGACGCAUCCAACAAGAAACCCACCAAAGGCAAAGGCAAAAAGCAGGAAGCAGAUGAGUUAAGUGGAGAUGCUUCAGUGGAAGAUGAUUCCUUUGUCAAGGAAUGUGAACUGGAAACUCAAGAUGCAAGCGAUCAAGAUGGGAAUGAUGAACUGAAGGACUCUGAAGAAUCUGGUGAAAAUGAAGAAGAUAAUUUGAGUUCUAAGGAGUUGUCACAUACCGAACAGCGGAAGACUGAUCUUGAGUCAAAACCAGCAGAAGGAGUAGAAGAUGCAGAGAAAGAGGACCUGGAAAAUCAGGAGAAUGAAGCUCAAGAAGCAGAAGAUGAUGUCUUUCUAAUCGUCCACAAUGGUGAAGAGGAAGAGAAUGAGAAAGAUAUAGCAGGUUCUGGUGAUGGUACACAAGAAGUAUCUAAACCUCUUCCUUCAGAAGAGAACCUAGCUGAGGCUGAUCAGACAGCUCACGAAGAGAUGGAAGCUAACUCGUCUGUGAAAGAAGCUGAGGACGACAACAUUUCGGUCACAAUCCAGGCUGAAGAUGCCAUCACACUGGAUUUUGAUGGUGAUGACCUCCUCGAAACAGGUAAAAAUGUGAAAAUUACAGAUUCGGAAGCAAGUAAGCCAAAAGAUGGGCAGGAUGCCACCCCCCAGAGCCCGGAGAAGGAAAUCAAGGAUUAUGAGACGAAUGAGAACCAUAAAGAUGGUAAGAAGGAAGACGGCGUGAAGGGCGACCCCGUCAAGAAGGAAGCCAGAGAAAGCUCAAAGAAAGCAGAAUCUGGAGACAAAGAAAAGGAUACUUUGAAGAAAGGGCCCUCCUCUACAGGGGCUUCUGGGCAAGCAAAGAGCUCUUCGAAGGACUCUAAAGAAAGCAAGACCGCAUCUAAGGAUGACAAAGGAAGCGCAGGCAGCACCGGGGGUGGCAGCGGCAGCUCGACGCGAAACCUCUGGGUCAGCGGACUUUCCUCCAACACCAAAGCGGCCGACUUGAAGAACCUCUUCGGGAAAUACGGAAAGGUUCUCAGUGCCAAGGUGGUUACCAACGCCCGGAGCCCCGGCGCCAAGUGUUACGGCAUCGUCACCAUGUCCUCCAGCACAGAGGUCGCCAGGUGCAUCGCCCAUCUUCAUCGCACAGAGCUGCACGGACAGCAGAUCUCAGUCGAAAAAGUCAAAGGCGAUCCCUCCAAGAAGGAGUUGAAGAAAGAAAGCGAUGAGAAGUCAGGCUCGGGCAGAAGUUCUGGAGACAAAAAGAAUGCCGCAAAUGAUAAAGCGAACAAGACCCAAGCAUCUGUCAAAAAAGAAGAAAAAAAAUCAGAAAAGUCAGAGAAGAAAGAAAACAAAGAUGCCAAGAAAAUCGAAGGCAAAGACGAGAAGAGUGACAAUGGAUCGAGCGGCCCCAGUCAAGAGAUGGUGAAAAAAAGCGAAGAGAAAAAGCGAGCAAAUGCAAAGAGCCCAGGACAGAUGGUGGUACUAGAUCAGACUAAAGGCGAUCAUCCGAGGACCCUGAGAAGGGGGCGAUUUGACAAAGCCCAGAUGAUAAGGAACAAGGAGCGGGCUAGCCAAGAUAAAAAAAAGGAAAAGGACAGAGACUACCGAACCCGGAAGGACAUCCUCCCUUUUGAGAAAAUGAAGGAACAGAGGAUGCGGGAGCACCUGGUGCGUCUGGAUAGAAUCCGGCGGGCGGUGGAACUGCGCAGACGAAGAGAGAUGGUGGAGAGAGAGCAGCGGGAGCGGGAGCGGGAACGCAUCCGAUUGAUGCGAGAGCGGGAAGAACGGGAACGCUUGCAGCGGGAGAGAGAGCGCUUGGAGAUUGAAAGGCAAAAACUGGAGAGAGAGAGGAUGGAACGGGAACGUUUGGAAAGGGAGCGCAUUCGGAUCGAACAGGAACGUCGGAAGGAAGCCGAGCGCAUCGCCCGGGAGCGGGAAGAGCUCCGAAGGCAGCAGCAGCAGCUCCGCUACGAACAGGAGAAAAGGAACUCUCUGAAGCGACCACGUGACGUGGACCACAGGCGAGAUGACCCUUAUUGGAGCGAGAACAAGAAGAUGUCUCUGGACACGGACGCCCGGUUUAGCCACGGGUCCGAGUACAGCCGCCAGCAGAACAGGUUCAAUGACUUUGACCACAGGGAGAGGGGCCGUUAUCCCGACAGUUCGUCAGUUCAGUCGUCAUCGUUUGAAAGGCGGGAGCGCUUCGUCGGUCAAGGGGACGGGAAGAAGGCCCGGCCGACGGCGCGCAGAGAAGACCCGGCCUUCGACAGGUACCCCAAAGGUUUUGCCGACUCCAGAAGAAACGAGCCCCCGCCGCCAAGAAACGAGCUCCGGGACCCCGACCGGCGAGAGGUCCGAGGAGACCGAGACGAGAGGAGGACGGUGAUCCUCCACGACCGGCCGGACCUCCCUCACGGCCGGCACCCCAGGGAGGCGGGGCCCAAUCCCCCCCGGCAGGCCAGCUGGAAGAGCGACGGUGCCCUGAGCACCGAGAAGCGUGACGCGAGGGGCGAGAGGCCGGAGAGGUCGGGCAGAGAAGUGUCCGGACACACCGUGAGAGGCAUGCCCCCCGGCGGCCGGAGCAGCGCCUCGGGGUACGGAGGCCGAGAGGGGGACCGGGGCGUCAUGGGAGAGAGGGACCGAGGCGUGCUGGGCGACAGAGGCAGCGGCGGACAGCAUUAUUCCGAAGACCGGCACGUGGUCGAGCGCCACGGCCGGGAACCGAGCGGCCCUCGGAAGGAGUGGCACGGCCCCGGUUCCCAAGGCAGUGGGUAUCACGACACCAGGAGGAUGGGAGACGGCCGGGGAGGCGGCAGCGGCGGCGGCGGCGGCGGCGGCGGCGGCGGCAUCAUGUCCCAGCACACCAGUAACUCGUCACCAAUUAAUAGAAUCGUUCAGAUCACGGGCAACUCCAUGCCGCGGGGCAGCGGCUCUGGAUUUAAGCCAUUUAAGGGCGGACCGCCACGGCGAUUCUGAGCAGAGCAGCGCUGCCCGACCCCCGGGCUUCAAGAUAAUUUAUUGACAUCAAUUGUAAACUUCUACCUGACGCGCAACCAAGGAGGACAACCGAUUUGGCUUGGGGGAAUCCAGCCCAGCUCCCGUUUCCUUUCUGUCGUUUCACUCAUUUUAAUGUGAUUCCUUUUCCUCUCAUUUUUCGCGGAGGAGGCCUUUUAUAGUUCUCUGGUCAUUUCGGAGCGUUUUGUGGAUCCUGGAACCUUUUUUUUUUUUUUUUUUAAAUCCCCCUCACCCCUGCAGCACUAGAGCCCCGUUUGAAAACGGCUGACACUACUGGAAACGAAAGAAUCGGUUUCGAACACCGGGUGGGUAGUUCUGCAGCCGUGGAAGAGUAGUUUUAAUUUACCAGCCUUAGCUCUGAGGGGUCGGGCCUGAGCAUCAUCAGCCCCUCCACCCAAGCACACACUGAGGGACCUCCGUUUGGUAGGUCGGACAAGCUGGGACAUCUCCGCUGCCUAAUUUGUAGAGCCCAAGAUUGUUCUUUGCAUUUCUGAGUAUUAUGUAACCUAUUUUUGCAGAAGGUACUGUUACAUUAAGUGCAUCUCCGUGUAUUCUGGCAAAAAAAAAAAUCAAAAAAACCCCACCC